CUCCGCCCCACUGGCAGGUCAGAUCCCCGCGGUCCCGAGCGGGGCGCGGUGUCCGGCGCCGCACCCCUGUGUCACACCGCAGCGCAUGUAGACCAUGUCGGACAGCAAGUCCAGCUCGCGCUCUGGUAGCAAAACGAACCUGAACGAGUCGUCCCUGCCACUGCUGGAGGCGCAAGCUGAGUCGGUGGCUGAAGGCAAGGGCGACACCCCGGAGAAGGAGUGCAUCGAGCUCACACACGACGAGAAAGACGACAGUUCGCCUGAGAAACAGGAUGACAAGUCAUCGAAGAAGGACAAGAAGCAGAAGUCCGGCAAGGUGUCGAAGCCUCCGACGCUGCAGCAGCUGACGCGUGAUCUGGAUCUCAGCCACAGAGACUCGGCCGGUAUCAACGACUUCGUCAAUGUCGACUUCAGCCACGUGCUGGCCGAGCCGACAUCGACGCACGGCUUCGACCCGCUGUGGCGUCUGUCGGCGCUCACCUUCCGCGGCACGCACCGCUGGCUAUACCGGCUUCUGGCCGCCGUAGUGGCGCUGCCGCUCAGCGUCGCCUGGGGCGCCGCAUUCGCGCUCAUCUCGCUCGUCUCCAUCUGGGCCGUCACGCCCGCCCUCAGGAUCAUCAAGCUGCUGCUCAGCAUCACACGCCAGAUCGUCGACGCCAGCUGCAAGACAACCAUCGAACCGCUUUACAAGGCGAUGGGCGGCGUGUUCUCCAACAUCAACAUCGUGCACCAGAAGCACGUCGUCUAGAGCCGGGCCCACGCCACCACUCGUCGGGUGGCGGCACAUGCCCAAACGGCGGCCCGACCGGCGCCAGGCGGCGGGACUGUGAGACCUGACGCCGGCCUGCAGCCGUGGGACCACGCCGGCCGCACCCCAGCACCAGGACGCAGCCCGGCCGGCCCAGCUCCCGCACAGACGGUAUCCUGGCGCGCGCCCGGGCGGGUUGGGAGGAUGCACUGAACCUGCCGCGAUCUGACGACAGGGCUGGGGCUUGCAGAUUGGCGGAUUUUUUGAGCGGACAAGAGGGUUGCGUUUCAGAAAAAACUAAAAACUCUCAAGAAAUAAUUUUCUACGUACAUGAAAGUUUUGGAUUACAAAUGUCAUGCUUCUUGAAUACAGUAUUGCUGUGCG